GCCGGGAGCCCAAUGAGGGAGCAAUAACGUGGCAACCACCCACGAGCCCGCGUCGGUGCCCGCCCCGCAGGGGGACCUACUAUCCGGCGCCGAGCCGGAGGGGGGAAACGGCGCCCGCCGCCCGCCCGGAGCCCGCGAGCAGCCCCAGUCCCCCCCACCCGCGCGUGGCGGCGCCGGCUCCCUAGCCACCGCGGCCCCACCCUCUUCCGGCCUCAGCUGUCUGGGCCGCUUUCGCCUCCGCGUGUGGAUGCUGCGCCUCUCCGAACGCAACAUGAAGGUGCUCCUUGCCGCCGCCCUCAUCGCGGGGUCCGUCUUCUUCCUGCUGCUGCCGGGACCUUCUGCGGCCGAUGAGAAGAAGAAGGGGCCCAAAGUCACCGUCAAGGUGUAUUUUGACCUACGAAUUGGAGAUGAAGAUGUAGGCCGGGUGAUCUUUGGUCUCUUCGGAAAGACUGUUCCAAAAACAGUGGAUAAUUUUGUGGCCUUAGCUACAGGAGAGAAAGGAUUUGGCUACAAAAACAGCAAAUUCCAUCGUGUAAUCAAGGACUUCAUGAUCCAGGGUGGAGACUUCACCAGGGGAGAUGGCACAGGAGGAAAGAGCAUCUACGGUGAGCGCUUCCCCGAUGAGAACUUCAAACUGAAGCACUACGGGCCUGGCUGGGUGAGCAUGGCCAACGCAGGCAAAGACACCAACGGCUCCCAGUUCUUCAUCACGACAGUCAAGACAGCCUGGCUAGAUGGCAAGCAUGUGGUGUUUGGCAAAGUUCUAGAGGGCAUGGAGGUGGUGCGGAAGGUGGAGAGCACCAAGACAGACAGCCGGGAUAAACCCCUGAAGGAUGUGAUCAUCGCAGACUGCGGCAAGAUCGAGGUGGAGAAGCCCUUUGCCAUCGCCAAGGAGUAGGGCACAGGGACGUCUUUCUUUGAGUGACCGUCUGUGCAGGCCCUGUAGUCUGCCACAGGGCUCUGAGCUGCACUGGCCCCGGUGCUGGCAUCUGGUGGAGCGGACCCACUCCCCUCACAUUCCACAGGCCCAUGGACUCAGUUUUGUAACAAACUUCUACCAACACUGACCAAUAAAAAAAAAAUGUGGGUU